CGACAUGAGAGAUCAGGAUUGCAUUUCACACCUUCUUUCUUCUUAAACCCAGUUUCCAAGCGAACACCUUCCAAUCGCCCAUCACUAUCACACCACACGAAAGACCUCAGGAGAGCCAUCAAUGGAGGAGGACGAUUACUGUGACUGUGAGGCCCAAGAAAAGACUAUUUUUGAAGGUUCAAUUGGAUCUAAAACUCAAACAAGUGAGCAUGUUGCUCAAGGCCAAACUGAAGCCCAGCUAGAUGAUGUAUUUAAGGAAGCAGAAUAUGCUCCUGAGGCUAAAGACUUAGAGGAAGAGGGCAUUGCAGAUCCAAGUAAAUGGUGGGGUUCUGUCAAUAAUUUUUGCAGCCAAAUUAACCAAGAAGACUCUGAGGGGGGCUAUGAAGAGGAAGAUGAAUUAAGAAGCUUGCCUAGUGAUGAUGAAGAUGUGCAUCGGCCAAAAAAGUCUAACAUGGAGUUUGAUCCAAGGACUAAGCCUGAGGAGAUCAAGUUUGAAGAGGGUAUGUUGUUCCCUACUAAUGAGCAUUUAAGAAAAGCUUUGAAAGAGUAUUUUGUUACUAGUGAUAGAGAAUUCAAGUAUGUAUCCAAUGAUAGUUUAAGGAUUCGAGCUAAAUGCAAGGGCAAUGGGUGUACAUGGCUUCUUUAUGCUAGAAGAAUGAGAGAUGAUGGCACAACAUUCAGGAUCAAUAAAAUGAAAGGCAAGCAUAAUUGUGGGAUUGUAUUCGAGAACAGCUUAGUAGAUGCAGACUGGAUUGCAAAACAUUACUUGGAGAAGUUCAGACAAAACCCAAACAUGAACUUCAAGUCUUACAGACAGAUGACAUCUGAUAGUAAGUACUCUAAAGUUUCCUUUUGGACUUUUUAUCGGGCUAAAAAUAAAGCUAGACACAUUAUUAAUGGUACAGUGAAAGACCAAUACGCAAUUCUUCACGACUAUUGUACACAAAUAUUAAAACUCAAUCCUGGUAGCACAGCUUUGAUCAAAACCAACUUGGUCAAUGAGAAAAGAGUUUUUGAAAGGGUGUACAUAUGUCUUGCAGCAUGUAAAGUUGGUUUCAAGUAUUGUAGACCCAUCAUAGGAUUAGAUGGAUGCUUCUUGAAAGGUUAUUGCAAAGGUAUGUUACUUGCUGCAAUUGGGAUAGAUGCAAAUAAUAGUAUGUUUCCUCUUGCAUAUGCUGUUGUUGAGAAAGAAAAUACUGACAGUUGGACAUGGUUUGUCGGGCUGGUUAAAGAGGACAUAAAUGUAGCAGACACAAGAAGCUUCACUUUCAUAUCUGAUAGACAGAAAGGCCUCGAGAAAGCUUUGGGUACAACUUUUGAAGGCUCUGAAAUUAGAUUCUGUGUGAGACAUCUUUAUGAAAACUUCAAGAAGGAGUUUCCUGGAUUGUUGUUGAAACAAGCACUAUGGGCAUGUGCUAGAUCGACUACCUCUGAAGAGUUCAAAAGAAAAAUGAAUGACUUGAGGGAGAUUUCUGAACCAGCAUAUAAUUGGUUGAUGAAAAAGGCACCCACAGAAUGGUCAAAAUCACACUUUAGGACUUCAGUAAAGUGUGAUAUGCUCCUUAACAAUCUGUGUGAGAGCUUCAAUUCAGCAAUCUUAGAUAGCAGAGACAAAAUGAUAAUCACUCUUUUAGAGUCAAUACGUUUCUGGUUGAUGGAAAGGAUGUGCAAGCAAAGAGAUAGUGUCUCUAAAUGGAAUUUUUCUGUUGGAAAGAGGAUCUUUGAUAUCAUUGAGAAGAACAAAAAGGUAGCACAACAAUGCAUUUGCACAAAGUCAAUUGGUGGAUCAUUUCAAGUUACUUACAUAACAGGCCAAGUAUUAUCUGUUGAUUUGGAGACAAGAACAUGUACAUGUAGAUCAUUUGAUCUAACAGGUAUACCAUGUGGUCAUGGCAUAGCUUGUAUAUGGUUUUCUAAUCUUGAUGAAUACCAAUUUGUGGAUCCUUGCUACAAGAAGGAAGCCUUCAAAGCUAUCUAUGCAAAGGGUAUUGCACCAAUGCCUAGUCCUGAUGAAUGGGAGAACAAAGGGAAAAGUCCAAUCCUUCCUCCACCUGAAACUAUAUUGCUUGGGAGGCCAAAAAAAUCAAGGAACAGAGAAAGGGAUGAACCUCCAGCAGGUGCAACUAAAUUGAAGAAAACGCCACAAACCAACCAAUGUUCAAAUUGCAAACAACGAGGGCAUAUUAAAACUAGUUGUAAGAACCAAAAAGUCAAUCAGGAUCCUCCUACUGAGAAGAAAAGGAAGGGUCGUCCCCCCAAGAAGAAUCCAGACCCUGAAACUGUGAAGAGGAACAAGCGGAGAAUGAAGCAAAAGGCAAGAGAAGCUAGUUCAUCCCAACAACUACCUAAUGCCCAGUAGUGGUCUUUUUAAUACGUGUUUUAUGGUAGUUAUGAUUGCUUAAAUUUUAUUUUGGUGAAGUAGUGUUAAGUUGGGUAUGGUUUUGUUGGCUAAAGGGCCUUUGCCUUGGACCUUUUAUUUUUUGAAGUAUAAAAAAUGACAGAUGAUAUAUCAUGUGAUUCUAUUUGUUGUACAUGAUGUUAUGGUGGAUGUUUAGACAUGAUAAAGAAUAUAUGAAUUUUGUUUGUUAAAAAGUUUGUUUAUUAUUGAUCUCAGAAUUGAGCAUUGAAAUGUUGUUCUUUGAACAAGUUAAAUAAUUGGGAAAUUGUCCCUUUUU